CUCCCUUUAAAGGGCGGAAGUGCUCAACAAAAUGGAGUCUUAUAUGAAAUAGCUCUUUCUUGGCAAGUGAUUAUUUGAUGCCUGCUGCUCAAUAUGUCUUUGGAGGAGUUAGAUCAGGAGCCGUUCAGUGUUCAUGAAUUUGUUGAACGGUUGGCAUGGAAGACGAUGGGGAGCCGAGCCCGGCACACCAGUCCGGAGGACUUCGACCCCAUGCUACUUCACAGCACCUUCGAGAAGGUCAUCCGCGACCUGAAGGAGAAGAAUGUGAUGAUUGCCAGGAAGAUAGAAAAACUGGAAAAUAAUUGCAAAGAUGAGGAGAAGAGACACUGGCAGCGGGUUUCAGAACUACAGAAAAAGAAUCAGGCCUUGUACACCCAUUUCCAGAAGUUGGAUGAGCGUAUCAACUAUGUGGCUACGAAGGUCGUUCACCUGGGGGACCAGCUGGAGGGGGUCAACACCCCCCGGGCCAGAGCUGUCGAGGCUCAGCGCUUGAUGAACUACCUGUCUGAGUUCCUGGCAGAUGAGGCACUCAAGUCUCCUGUCUUGACAGACCCUUUCCAGCUCCAGCUGACGGCGGAUGUCAUCCAGAAGCUCCACAUGAUCGCCCUGGAGCUCCCCGGGGGCAAGUUUGACAAGGCAAGACAGAGGAUUGCAGACAAGUACGACUCGGUGGAGAAGGAGUUGAUCGGGGAGUUUAAGCUGGCCCACCGGGAUGGCGACCAGCGCAAGAUGAAGAGAAUAGCCAGCGUCCUGCAGAACUUUAAGUCCUACGGUAUCUGCAUCGACACAUUUAUCACCGAGAGUCAGAAGCAUUCCUUCCUGAAGGAGAACGUGUUCGACGACGUCCUGCCGCUGUGUCAGCGGACCAGUCAACUCAUCAACCACGUCUUCUCCAACCCGGAGAUGGUCAUGGGGAAGUUCGUGCAGAGCAUCUUCCAGGGCAUCCUGCAGAUUCACAUAUCCAAGAGGUUGGGAGACCGAUCAGACCAAGAACAGUACCUCAAGAAUCUCAACGAUCUGUUUGUCCGGACAAAGGAGCUGACGACUGAGCUGUCCGUCUUCAAGCUGGGCAACGACAGCUCCUUCCUCACCAAGCUGCUUAAGGGAAUCUUCCAACAGCACCUCACAGCCUACAUAGAUGCGGAGACCAAGUACCUGCAUGAGCGGUGUUCAGUGCUGCUGCUGCGCUACUACGAGAUGAGGGACCACCAGAAGAAGCAGAUCCAGUCGGGCGGAAUUCACGACUUACGCCGAGAUAUUCAAGCCAAGCUGGGCACAGUGACAAAGGCGAACAUCAACAUUGGUCCGGCCAUCGAGAACUACGGCGGCGAAACCUUCCUGUCCCAGGAGGUGUCAAUCAACAUCCUUCAGGAGACGAAACUGGCAUUUAAACGAUGUCAUGUGUUAUCAUAUGACGUGCCGAGCCAUGCAGUGAAGAUAUUUGAAGUGCUGGUCCAGUACCUCGUCACAGAACACAUCGACUACGCUGUAGAGCUGGGUCUCCAAGCUAUACCGCUGCCGGACCCGAAGACGGAGCCUGAGAUCUACUUCUUUGACGUCAUCAACCAGGCCAACACUCUCUUCCACCUGUUUGAGAAACAGUUCAUGGAUGGCCUCGUGCCUCUCGUCCUAUCGUCACCAAAGCAUGCUUUGUGUUUGAAGAGGAAACGUGAACUCCGAGAAAACCUUGAGAACAAGAUCGGCACGGGUCUAGACCGGUCUUUGAAUACCAUUAUUGGCUGGACGAGGUACAUAUUAGCCACAGAACAGAAGAAGUCAGAUUUUAAGCCAGAAGAGGACUGUCAGCUGCAGAUGUUGUCCGGGGCUUGUGGGAAGGUUGUGAAGUUCAUGAAGAUUCAGGGCCAGGCCAUACAGUCCAGCCUGGACGGGAAGAACGUGGAGGUUGUGCUGGUCGACCUGGGCAAGAGGUUUCACCGGGUCAUCUACGAGCACAUCGUCCAGUUUCAGUACAAUGAGAUGGGUGCCAUGCUGGUGAUCUGUGACAUCAAUGAGUACAGGAAGUGUGUGAAGGAGGAGUUUAAGAUCCCCAUGGUAACGCAGCUGUUUGAGAAGCUCCAUGCACUAUGUAAUCUCCUAGUAGUGGUGCCGGAGAACCUCAAGGUCGUCCGGGAUGACGAGCAGCUGGCAAUGAUGGAAGAGUCAGUGGUGCUGCAGUUUGUGCAGCUUCGUGCAGACUUCAAGACAGCCCGCCUCGCCAACAAGUUGAAGGAACUGAAAUGAGCUUGCUUCUCCUACAUUCCGGAACACUGCAACAUGAGGAUGCUUGCCUUGCUUCAGCUUCUCCCACAGCCAACCAGACAUCAUACAGGCCACAAAAUGCAUUACACACAUACCAUUGUAUACCCUAUAUACUACUCAGAAGAAAGAAGGAUCACCCGAUCAUUCAUAUAUGAAAGAAUGUCCUUAAUGUCUUUUGAGUAGUAUAUAUCACAGUUGCGUUUUGCUGUGUCAGUGUUAUUUGUUUGUUUGUUGUUUAACACCACACUCAGCAGUAUUCCAGCUAUAUGACGGUGGUCUGUAAAUUAGCAAAUCUGGACCAGACCAGUGCUUGAUAUCAUGAGCAUCGAUGCAUGCAAUUGGGAUACAAUGACAUGCAUGAACGGAGUCAGCGAGCCUGACCACCUGAUCCCGUUAGUCGCCUCUUACUGUGUCAGUAUCUGCUAUAAUAAACCAUUUAUUAGAUUGUCAUUCCAAAAAUAUUUUUUUGACUUAUCCUGCAUUACUGGAUCACACACAGUUCGUCUCUGUCAAAAGACAGCAGUAAAUGCAAUACAGUGUAAUGCAGGAUAAGUAUACAAAUGUAAAAAAUAUUGCGAUUUUACUCAUUUCCCCAGGUGGAAAUAUUUGUCUCCAUUUUGUUUUCCCUGAAACUGAUGGUGGAAGGGAUGGUGAAAGGGAGGACAAUGUCCUCAUUCCUUUAGUGUGACUCUAGGGUCCCUAUGUUGCUGACCAUGCCGUAUACAACAGAAAGGGGCUAUGUUAGAGGGCUUGUUUUGCUAGGGGUGACUGGUAAGGCUGGGACGUAAAAUGAUGUGGGUUAAGAUAAGAUGUGCAUCUUGAUACAGACACAAUGACAGAUAAUGUAAGUUAAACAAAACCAUUUUGGGUUCAGAGGCUGCGUGUUUUUAUAUAUUUAACAAAUAAAAUGCAAUACAGAGCUGUAUCCAAACUUGAUGUAUUCUCAUACAUCGGUGUAUUGGUGAAUGUCCGAUCCAAGUACGAUCCACCAUCCAGGUGGCAUGAAGGCAAAACAAAUUAAUUGGUUGUUUAUUUAUUUAUAUUGGAUGUAAUUUUGACAAUGUGCAUCUACUUGUACAAUGUACUUGUCUACGUAUCUGCCAAAAUAGAUGUAGGUCCUUGAUAUACUCUACACUGAGGCUCAAACACACAAAACCUAAGUAGGUGUUAUCUAAUCAUCACUUUUCCAUCAUUUGGUGAAAUAUAAAAAUUCUCAAGAGAAAUAAGGAAAUUCUAUCAGUCCGGAGUCCUGAACACGUCGUCCUGAACACGUCGGCCUCUGUGGCCUCAGUUACAGAAAAUGAUCGGAAGGCAAAUAAUUAAUUUGUUGUGGCCUUAAUCUAGAACUGAUCAAAAGAGUUAUAUGAUGAUCAAAAGUACAAUGUUCACUUUAACUAUCCAACAGAUGUGUCCGAGAAUGAUGUGAAGAAGUUUGUUGUGAAGAAAGAGUGCAUGGGAUAGGUUAAUAUCUGUUAGGGGCAAUAUAAUGAGGGGAUGUUUUUCAGAAAAAAUUGUCUAUUAUCCCUAGCCUUGGAAAUAUGAAGUGUUAUACCUCUGACCUUCAGAAUACAUUCUGUGUGUGAUUAAGGUAUAAUGUAAUACCAAAUGUGUAUUUAACUAAGGUUAUCAUCUUCGCGUGACAAGGGAGUUAACUGACUAUAAAAAUCCAGUUUCCGCCCUUUGCUGAAAUAGGCUGGAAUUUCUGGGCUCUAUUGUAGCUCCACCAGUGGCUAUUAUGAGUUAUGUCCCUUCUAUAUCUCUCCUAUUGACCAUUCUGAUUCCACCUCUCAUAUCACUUGCAUUUGCUUCAAACAAAAUGGCAGAGCCCAGUCAAGUCAAUAGGAUUGAUAAUCAAGAUCUAAAUUGUAAUAAAACGGGGCUUAUCUGGAGAAGUGCAUCAAAUCACAUAAGCACCUUGAUUACAAACAUAUUAAGAUCUGGACAAUAUCUGUCAACGCCCAGUUGACGGUACACAUGCUCACCAAGUCCCGCAAUUGACCUAAAUCUGCACAGCAGACGUCAUGUGUUUAUCAACCGGAUGUUGAUUGCGUUACACAGCCAAAAUAUAUCUCCAUGAUUCCAGCCUGGUUCGGCAAGGGUGGAAACUGGACUUUUAUAUCUGUUAACUCCUUUGCCUCUGAAGACGAAGGUUAAUGAAUGCCCUUCAGAAUUCAUUACAUGUUAGAUUGAGGUACAACUUAUCUGUAAUAUGUAUUAGGUUAUGGUUUAAGGAAUAAGACUUUCUGUUUUGUUAUGUUUUAGUUUACUAUUAAUGAUAUUUGUUUUUGUUUAAUUAUUUUAAGAUGUAAGAUUAGAAGCAAUACUAAUUCCUUUUCUUUCCAUUUGACUGAUCUAUCAUUUUCAGUUUGAAACCAAAUAAAGUGUUGAUUAUCUUUUAGUUGAAUGUUACAGAAAUGGCUGCUUUUCUUCAAAACAUUUUGUCUGCAUUAUAUGUGGAUGGGCUUUGUGCAAUCACACGUUGCUGUUAGUCACUAUAAGUAACACUGAACACAGUUUCACAAGAUGUGUUAUAUAUGUUAUGAAUAUAAUUUGUAAAUAAUGUAAUAAAUAUCAAUACACUUGCAUUUUGUACAA